AAUCUAAUUAAAUAUUGUGUUAAUCAUUUGUGUUAUGUUUGGGCAGCAAAAAAUGUCAUUGUAUUGCUCUUAUUUUAAAGAUAUUAAUAAAUGUUCCCAGAGGUCAUCAAGGGUCAACCAACCUCAGAUUUACAAAGUCAAGCCAAUUUGGUGUCAAUCAACUGCGCUACGAAUAUUUUAGCAGCACAACGUGAUUAAUAUAUAUCAAUUUUGUAAAUAAGACUUCAUUCUCACAAGAUACCAACAACAGUGAUUUUUUAAAAGACAGAAUUUACAAACCUUUUUAGAUGUCGUGUUUUUUCCCCCCACCAGUUGUACUACUCUCCAGAGUCCAACAGGUGGCGGUAAUGCAUCCACCUGCAUGCUGGAUGCCAGGAAGAAGAGAACGAAGGAAAAAAGGAUCAAUAAAAAAGUUUGUGUUCUUUUGUUCUUUAUUGAGUUUGCCUUGAUAUUUUAUCUCACUAAAAGCACUCAGCCGUUUCAGCCGACUGCUGGCAGCGCUUUCUCUCCGUUUAAAGAGCAACAACAGCCGCAGGGAGAAUGAUUAGCAUCCGAGCUAAGUGAGAAGCUAACCCCAGGACAUAAGAAGAAACCGGUUCCCCUUUAGAGAAAAUGAUAAAGAUGAGUUCACACCGACAACACUGAACGUUCAUUGGGAACUGGGUUGCGUUUUCUGUCACCAAAGAGUACAAGACAACCGGGCCGUCAUCUUCAUCAUGUCGGCGUUUACCUGGGAGGUUGUUGAUGAUCACUUUCUCAUUAGCAAGGAAGGGAACUACAACCCUGACAAGAAGAAACCAAACGACCCAGGGAGGAAAGAACAAGGACGACCAGAACCGAAGCCGAUGACGGAGAUAAAAGAGGAAGAAGACCAACAGGUAGAAGUGUUUGAUGAUGCAGAGCAGGUUGUUGUGAAGCAGGAGACUGACUGCUUCACGGUGAAUCCUCCUCUGGAGAACACCGAACCAGAUUCACAGACAACUGAGGAACAUCAACCAGUCAAGGAAGAACAGGUUGAACUGAGCGUCUGUAAUAAAGUGGUGAAGCAGGAGUCAGAAACCUUUACGGUUCCUCCCAGUGAGGUUCUCCUCCACAGAGAACCAGAACUUCAAAUGAUCCAGGCGAAGGAAGAACUGGAAUCUGAAGAGGUUAAAGAGGAACAGGAGGAUCUUUCCAGUAGUCCUGAUGAAGACCAGAACCAGAACCAAAUCAUCUCUACAAACUCAGCUGAAGCCGACAAUCAGCAAGAAAGCGACCACAGUGAGACGCUGCAUAUUUGCAAAGUCUGCAAAAAACCCUUUGAAAGUAGCAGUCAUUUGGCCGAACACACAAGAAGUCACUCUGGUGAAAAACCCUUCCAGUGUCCAUCCUGUGGAAAAGCUUUCACCAAACAAAACAACUUGGCCGUCCACAUUAGAACCCACACAGGCGAGAAGCCGUUCUCGUGCCCCACUUGUGGAAAAGGUUUUACCCAGAAAGGUAACUUGAGCAUUCACAUGGCAACGCACACGGGCGAGAAACCAUUCUCCUGCCCGACUUGUGGAAAGGGUUUCACUCAGAAAAGUAACCUUCACAUUCACAUGAGAACCCACUCGGGCGAGAAGAUGUUCCCAUGUGAGCUGUGUAGCAAAUCCUUCAGCUUCGGUUGCCAGUUGGCUACUCAUAUGAGAACCCAUACAGGCGAGAAACCGUUCCUCUGUGUGGCGUGUGGAAAACGCUUCUCACAGCAAAACUACUUGACUGUCCAUAUGAAAAUCCACACAGGUGAGAGGCCUUUCUCCUGUCCCACUUGUGGAAAGAGUUUUAUCAAGGAGUGGAACUUGUCCGUUCACAUACGAUGCCACACAGGUGAGAAGCCGUAUCCUUGUGAUGUUUGUGGUAAAUCCUUCAUCAAUAAAAGUCAUCUGACCAACCACAUGAGGACUCAUACAUGUGAGAAGCCUUUCUCCUGCCUCACUUGUGGAAAGAGUUUCACCAAACAGGGUAACCUGACCGACCACAUAAGGAGCCACACAGGCGAGAAGCCAUAUCCGUGCAAAGUGUGCGGCAAGUCGUUCGUCAACAAAAGCCAUUUGACCAACCACUUGAGGACUCACACCGGGGAGAAGCCGUACGACUGCAAGCUGUGCGGUAAAUCUUUCACAGACUGCAGCAGCAUAGCUCAGCACAUGAAGACACACACAGGGGAGAAGCCGUAUCCAUGUGAUGUUUGUGGUAAAUCAUUCCGGAACAGAAAUCACUUGGCUUGUCACAUGAGAACCCACACAGGGGAGAAACCUUUUUCCUGUCCGAUCUGCAGAAAAAGCUUUACCCAGAAAGGGAACUUGAGUAUUCAUGUGAAAACUCACACAGGCGAGAACACACAAGUGUGAGAAGGAGCGUUCUGCAAUUUACAUAAUAAAUCCUUUUAUUCAACAUGU